UAUGUCCAUCUGCAAAGAGCAUCCAUCCGAUCUUCUCCCCCACUGAGGCACACCCGGCGACAGCAACCAUCUCGUCGCCGCUCUGAUGCUAAGGCCGCCGCCGGCGCCACUGCUCCCUCCAGCUUCCCGCGCUUCCCUCCUUCCUCCCCACAAAGCCGCAAACCCCAACGCCGAAACCACUCCCGCGACCUCCACGACCGCCAGAGCCACACCCAUGGGCGUGGCCGCGUCCUGGCCGCGCGCGCUGGGUCAGCGCUUCAACCCGGGAGGCGUGGCCGCGGUGGUCGCCGUCGCGGCGUCCGAGCCGCGUCUAGCGCUGCCGCACGUCUCAGUGCAGGACAUCCGGUGGCUGGACUGGGCGGAGCUCCGCCGCGCCGGGUUCCGCGGCGUGGUUUUCGACAAGGACAACACCCUCACCGCGCCCUACGCUCCCGAGCUCUGGCCGCUGCUGACCACCUCUUUUGACCAGUGCCGCGCGGCCUUCCCCGGCGCCAUCGCUGUCUACAGCAACUCCGCAGGGUUGAAGCAGUAUGAUCCAGAUGGGUCGGAUGCCAGUACGAUUGAGGCGACUAUCGACGGGGUUCAUGUGAUUAGGCAUGAUGCAAAGAAGCCUGCUGGAGCAGCUAAGGAAAUAGAGAGUUAUUUUGACUGCUCGGCUUCAGAUCUUGUGCUGGUUGGUGAUAGAUACUUUACUGAUGUUAUCUAUGGAAAUAGGAAUGGUUUUCUUACUGUCUUCACAGAACCAUUGAGUUUUGUUGGUGAAUCGUACAUUGUCAGAAAGGUUAGAAAGCUGGAAGCGUACAUUAUCAAUUAUUGGUACAAGAAAGGACACAGACCAAUUAAGCACCCUUUGCUCCCUGAUGCGAGAACGAUUGUGAAGUUUGAUCCAUGUGAAGACCCAGUCUCACCUAGAGCAUAGCACAGUGAUAUAUAUGUUGUACCAACUGACACACGUCUGAAGAACUCAUUGGAUUCUUUUAUCUGAACCUCAGAAAAUUUCCGUUCCUUAUUGAGCUGAAUAUGGAGGGGAAUAUGAUGUGUGCGUAAAAAGAACUUGAUAUCGUUCGUGUUCAGCGGCUUCUUUUGGUUCAAGGUCGUGAUGUCUUUCUCUGGUGACGAUCAACAGAAGUGCAUUUAUUUUGCUGACCUGCUGUUGUGCUUGAACAGCACGGCUGCUGCUACGCACGCUCCAACAGCGUAGGGGUAAUUUCCGGAGCUGCCGAUCUACAUUGUAACUUGUAAGACUGUAACGCUUGUAACUGCAUAGCUACUAUGCCACAGUCAGCAUAGAGUCCAGAACAGCCUAGGGCAUGGAUUUUCAGGUAUCCAAGUAUAUGUAAAUUUCAUGAUUUUUACAUGUGAAAGUUUCACAUGGCACCUUGAACUAGUAAA